UGGCCGAAGCAAGUCGAGCCGGUCGGUUGCGUUAGAAUUACGUUGUUAAGUGUAUAUAAGGUUAUCACCUUACCGAUGUGUAUUUUCGGUACGAUUCUUCAGUGAGCUUACGGAAUUGACACGGAUAUGCACGAGGACACGAAAGUUCCCGUGAAAGCGCGCGUCUGAGAAGCCAAUAAGAAAUUAAGUUCAUUCGUCUGCGCAGAAACCGGUGAAUUGACAUUUUCAGGUAUCUUUGAGAGUAACCAUGUACAACAGUGUCGGUAGUAAUUUAUUGUCCAUUAAUAGAAUUCUGUACUUCCAAAAUGCAUACCGAAAUGCCCAUCAUUCAUGUAAAGUUUUGGUGGUUGGUGGUGGAACUGGUGGCUGCACAAUGGCAGCAAAGUUUGCUAGGAAAUUUAAGGAUUCGUCAAAUCAGGUUAUUAUUGUCGAACCAAGUGAAGUUCAUUACUAUCAGCCAAUGUUUACACUAAUCGGCGGUGGUAUUAAGCAUUUCAAAUCGUCACAUAGACCAAUGGCAAGUGUAUUACCUAAGGAAGCAAAGUGGAUAAAGGACAGCGUAAUGUCUUUCGAGCCAGAAUGUAACAAAGUCACAACAAGUAAUGGCGAUGUAAUACAGUAUGAUGUCAUGAUUGUUGCAAUGGGUUUGCAACUUUACUGGGAUAAGAUUCCAGGUUUAGUGGAAGGUCUUCAGAAUCCAGAUUCCCAGGUUUGCUCGAUCUAUGGACCUGAUACAGUGAGCGAUGUGUUUAUAAAAAUUCAGAAAACACGAGACGGUACUGCUGUUUUUACAUUCCCUAACACUGCCGUCAAGUGUCCAGGCGCACCCCAAAAGAUUGCCUAUAUUGCUGAAGAUUUUUGGCGAAAGCACAAUAUGCGAGAUAAAAUAAAUGUUGUUUAUAAUACUGCCUUACCGGUGAUUUUUGGAGUAAAAAGGUAUGCCGAUGAAUUAUGGAACGUCUGCAAUAAGAGGGACAUUACUGUAAAUCUCAGCACAAAUCUUCUUGAGCUGAAUCCGGAUAAAAAAGAAGCGCUCUUUCAAAAUUUGAAGAAUCCAGGGGAGACGUAUGUGCAGCAGUAUUCGUUAUUACAUGUAUGCCCACCUAUGGGACCUCCCGAGAUUCUAAAAGCCCAUAAAUCUUUGACCAAUGAAAUUGGGUUCUUAACAGUGGACGCGAAAACUCUUCGACACAACAAAUACUUAAAUGUUUAUGGGAUAGGUGAUUGUACAAACACACCUAACUCAAAAACCAUGGCAGCAGUUGCUUCGCAGGCGAAGGUAUUGUACAAAAACAUACUCGAUUCUCUUGAAGGGAAACCCAUGAUCAUGGUAUAUGAUGGCUACGCUUCAUGUCCAUUGGUUACUGGCUAUGGCAAAUGUAUUCUUGCUGAGUUCGACUACAAUUUGCAACCAAAGGAAACAUUCCCUAUUGAACAAAACAAGGAAUCCUUCUUAAUGUAUUUGCUGAAGAAACACUUCUUUCCUUUUUUGUAUUGGAACUUUAUGCUCAAGGGCUACUGGGACGGUCCAGAGUUUUCUCGAAAAUGUUUUCAUCCCUUUGAAAGGAAACGUUCAUCGUAAGCUGUAUAAUGGUUCUACGUAUUUUGAUGAGAAAGCACAAUGAAUAUUAUUUUAUCGAAAUCAGUGAUUUGAGGACAUGCUGGUAGUGAGAAUGAGCUUUUCAGAAAUAUCAGGGAAUCAUGCAUGGGUAGGAGUAAUUUCGAGAAUUUUAGUAAGCCCGUUUUAAAUCAUCCAUUCGACUAAUACGACCCGCCUUCUAUAAUUCAUCCCUGAUAAUGAUUAAUUGAAAUGAUAAUAUAUGCAAUGCAGUAGAGUGUUAUUAAGCUAAGGCUAUAUAUGUGGAUGCUGGAGUGUAUACGUAAUACAUAUUUUAUAACUUAUAAUUAUAAAUAUAUUGUGUCACCGUGAGACUUGACUAAGA